AUGAAGCUUGAUCAAAUUUCUUCAUAUUGCGAUAAAUAUCCGCAAGAAGCAUCUAAUCUUUCACAAGUAUAUCUUGACUUAACCACUGUCAAAUCGUGGGCUGAAGUAAAAGUUAAAGACAUUGAACCUUUACAAAGAUGUGUUUUACUCGGGAGAACUAAAGUACAUGAUAGAAUUAAUCCUCCGUCUGAUAAUAGUGCAAUUUAUGACCCACUUGGAUAG